CCCGCGCUGCCGGCGGCUGCAAUUAACGUUGCAUAACGAGCCGACGCCGCUUCCUGCCGGGGGUGGCACCCCCUCCCUGUGCCCCCCGCGAUGCCACCACCUCUCUGUCCCAUCCGGGCGGUUGGGGCAGGGCUUGGGGCAGGGCGGCGGGGCGGGGAGGGGUCCCCGCCGUUUGCGGGUUGCAUCCCCUUUCCGGCGGCGUGGGUGAAGGUGGCAGCAGGAUCCAGGGAAUUGGAGGCCCAAAUCGAGGUGAUCCCGUGCAAGAUCUGCGGAGACAAGUCCUCAGGGAUCCACUACGGUGUCAUCACCUGCGAGGGCUGCAAGGGUUUUUUCCGGAGGAGCCAGCAGAACAACGCCAGCUACUCCUGCUCCCGGCAGAGGAACUGCCUGAUCGACCGCACCAACCGCAACCGCUGCCAGCACUGCCGCCUGCAGAAAUGCCUGGCGCUGGGCAUGUCCCGCGACGCGGUGAAGUUCGGCCGCAUGUCCAAGAAGCAGCGGGACAGCCUCUACGCCGAGGUGCAGAAGCACCAGCAGAGCCAGGAGCAGAGCGGGGGCACCAAGGAUGAGCCCGAGCCCCUGAGCCGCGUCUACACCACGAGCGUGAGCAGCGGGCUCUCGGACCUGGACGACAUCUCCACGCUGUCCGACGGGCUCCUCUUCGACUUCCCCCUCACCCCCGACGGCAGCAGCACCUACUACAACCUGGACCUGCUGGCCUCGGCACAGCCCUCGCCCGACCAGUCCAGCCUGGACGUGGCCGACGCCACGCUCAUCAAGCAGGAGUCCAUCUACGAGCUGAUGCUGGAGCCGGCCCUGUUCGCCCACGGGGCGCUGGAGGGGGGGCAGCUGCCCCCCGACAUCUCCGUGCUGGAGAUCGACCGGGUGGCCCAGAACGUGGUGAAGUCUCACCUGGAGACGUGCCAGUACACGACGGAGGAGCUCAAGCGCCUGGCCUGGAGCCUCUACUCCCCCGAGGAGGUCCGUGCCCUGCAGAGCAAGAGCUGCGAGGCCAUGUGGCAGCAGUGCUCGCUGCAGAUCUCCAACGCCAUCCAGUACGUGGUGGAGUUCGCCAAGCGCAUCGACGGCUUCAUGGAGCUCUGCCAGAACGACCAGAUCAUCCUCCUGAAAGCCGGUUGCCUCGAGGUGCUCCUGAUCCGCAUGAUCCGUGCGUUCAACCCCCUGAACAACACCGUGCUCUUCGAGGGGAAGUUCGGCGGGAUGCAGGUGUUCAAGUCGCUUGGCUGUGAUGAUCUCAUCGGAGCCAUCUUCGAGCUGGGGAGGACCCUGUGCCGCCUGCAGCUGUCGGACGAGGAGCUCGCCCUGUUCACCGCCGCUGUCCUGCUCUCCCCAGAUCGCCCCUGGCUGACCGAGUCCAAGAAGGUGCAGAAGCUGCAGGACAAGAUCUACGUGGCCCUGCAGCACGAGAUCCAGAAGAAACACUCCGCUGAGGACAAGCUCUCGAAGAUGGUUUCCAAGCUGCCCUUGAUGAAGACCAUUUGCAACCUGCACUUGGACAAGCUGGAAUUUUUCCGUCUCCUGCACCCGGAGACCGCCAUGAACUUCCCUCCCCUGUACAAGGAGGUUUUCAACUCGGAGCUGCAGUACAGCGACCCUCGCGAGAGCUAAGGCCGGGAGCCACCUCGAGGCCCUUCGAGCCCCCCAGAAUUUGGAGACGAACUGCACUUCAGAGGUUUGGGGCAGUUUAUUUAAAUCAAGUCAAUCAAACUCAAGAGAAGCCGGGGGGGCUGCGGGUGCCCCCAGCCCCGUGGCCCCGCCGUGGAUUGCAAUAGCUCUUGAAUGUAAAGCACCUUGAAGGAAAAAGCAAAUGGACUUUGCCAUACCAGUGAAAUGAAUGUGAAAUCUCUGCUGGGGAGGGGAGAUGCUCCUGGCAGUCCUGCUGUCCUGGCUGCACUCUCCACCUCUGAUUUUUUUUUUUUUUUAAUUAUUGUUUUUUGGUUUUUUGGUUUUUUUUACCCAAACACAAGACAUGGGAUAAAGAAGGGGCGACGCUGACUCGGCUGGGUGGGGUGGGCUGGAGCUGAGGAGAGGGAAAAGGGAGAGCCUUUGGUUUAUUCCUUCUCCCAGGGGUGCAGUGAGCCCACGGGAGCUUGGCUGAGAAAGACCUGGCUGUGGCUGGGGGGGGAUUCAGCACAAGAUGUUCCCGUGGAGGAGGCUGGUGCGAGGGAAGGGACGCCCAACACCACAGGGAAAAAGCUCUGCAGGGCCUCCGUGUCCUCCGUCACAGCAUUUCCCCAAAUGCCCGGCCAACUGCCCACCCAGCUGGGCUUUCUGGAGCUGAUUUGGCAGGUCCACCUGCCUCGUGCCACCUUUCCACACCCCCAGUGCUUUUCCCAGCCCGUGUGACUGCAGCCAGAGCCCGGCUCCAGCUGCUCCACCCCGGCAGUGCCGGGGCUGUCCCUGUCCCCACAGUGGUGGCUCUCUGGGUGCUGGUGUUGUCUCACCGAGCCCAUUAAAAUUUCCCCGUGGCUCAGCACCCAGGGGAGGGUUUGAGGCCCUUCCUCCACCCACCCCCAUCCCGCUGCCGGGUCCCCCCUUCCCACGCCGGCACCGCCGGGAGCACGGACGUGGCUGCUCUUGCAGGUUGAGUUGGACCCAGGCUCUUCCCCCCAAGGAGCUCCCUAGAACUGUUAUUUUGGGGCUUGUUCUCUAUUUAGCAGGAUUUAGGAGCUUUUCAGGGGGAGAAACUGCCAAUUGGGGUCAAGGGGAAGCAGAAGGUCCUUAUUCCUUCCCUUCAAGGAAUUAGGGUGAUGGGAAGGAAUGUGGUGUGGUCGGGACCUGCUGCUCCAAGCUCGGGAGGCUCAAAGGUGACAAAGGGAAGGAUUUGUGGGGUGAUGCUGUAAUAGUCCUCAGCAGUGGGAACACUUGAGAGACUCUGUGGCUCUGCAGAUGGUUUUUUCCGUCCCUGUUCCUGCUCCUCCUGCAGCAAAUGCCAAAACCAAGGGAAAACCCUGCUCCGAGGCAGCCCCAGUUUCUGCUGACAAAGGGCUAAAACCCCGAGCCCCUUCCUGCUUCAUGCUGAUCCCCCGUGCUCCCAACCCCCUCCUGCAGCAGUUUGGACCAUCUCUGAGUGGGAACCAGAGACCUUCAGCUCCACAAUUGCACCCCUUGAACUCAAGGAGCAGCUCUCUUGGCGUUGUCAGGGACGUUCGUGCUCGUGGGUGAAAGAUCUCCCAGGGAAGAGCACGGACCAACCUCGACCUGGGAAGAGUCGCCGGUGGGAUUUCUGCCUCGGCCUAAGGCAGAGGGAAAUGUGGGGGCUGUGCAGGGUUUGAGAACCACAUCUGACCUGCUCCUUGGAGGAGAUCAGAGCCCUCUCCAGCACUGUUGGAGCCCAGGAAUUUGGGAAAGGCUGCCAACCCUCCCACGGCCCCACGUGAGUGCCAACGCGUCGUCCUCGUCCGCCGGGCUGGGGACGUGCCCCGCUGGUUUCCCGCCCUCUCAGCUCCUCAAGCUUUGACAGAAGUGAGAAGUCAGCGCUGCCUUUUACAUCCAGAGGGUUGUGCCUUUUUUUUGGGAGCAUCAGCACCGGGAGAAGCGCCCUAUGGAAACGACUGUGCUUCGCAGCUCGCCCUCGGCGCGGCGGGGCAGCGGCGCCGCCUUUCCCAGAGGGACACGGGUCUUCUGGAGUAUUUGGGGGAAAAGGAGGAGGAAAAAAAAAAAAAAGAAAAGCACAGCCCCUUGUUUUCACCCUCGGUGUUCGUCAGCACCAGCGGUUCCAUUUCACCCGGCACAGAACCCAGGGAAGCACCUUAAACUCGGGAACAGCCCCCGCCGCCGCCGCGGCUUCGUCCUGGCUCGUGACACAGCGUCCGCCUCGUGGGAGAGGUUCUGGAUCCUGAGCAAUAAAAAAAGCCCCCCCGUGGGAACCUAGGGAAGACUGGAAGUAUUAAAGACACGUGUAACUCGACCUGCCAAACCGCGGGGAACCUGCACUUUCUAUGUUCUCUUUGACGGAACCGACUCGACUCGCUGAUUUCUCGGGAGGGGAUAAAGUGAUUCCACGUCGAUUCAGUGAUUUCUUCUGGCUUGGGACGGGCGAGAUGCCCGGGAAGGGAUGGCAAGGGCUGCGGCCAAGGCUGUGCUGAGGUCCCUCGCGCCCCGCUGGGCCUCCGGGAGCAUCGAGGGAAAGGGCAAAGGACAAAAACCUGGGUAGAAAUGCCUGAAAAAGGGAGAUUUCCCCUCUCCCUGUGCCAGGGCUGCGUGUGCCCACUGGGGAUGAUGCCCAGGAGCCCCGAGACCUCCAGAUUGCUCCGAUGCUCCGUCCUUGGCGUCUUGGAGAUGUUUCCAACCCUCCAGCCAUGGGAUGUUUGGCCGCUUUCCCAUCCAGCAGCCCUGGGGAGCCUCUCACAGUGAUGGCUCUUGUCCAGACCAAGAUUAAUUUCGUGUUUGUUUGUUUGCUCUGGCAGUUUAGCUGAGUGUCCAUUUCCACCUGCAGAACCCUCACACUGUGUAUAAAAAAAUGGAUCAAAAAUAUAUAUAAUAUAUAUUCUUGUGAAUGUUGGUGCAAAAGAGAAAAAUAUAUAAAGUUUCA